AUGUUCAAGUCGGCGCUUUUCGUACUACUGAUUGCUGGAGUUGCACUGUGCAAGGACAGUUCUGAGAAGAACCGCCAGAACUCGACGCUAAACCGCACCAACUCCCAAUACUACAACUCGGCCAGCCAGUCGAGAUACGGAUACGGCGGCGACGACAGCAAUGAGGACGGGCUGUACGGCCGUGGAUAUAACUCCGGCUCCGGCUACAACGGGUAUUCCGGCUCCUCGCGCCCCAGCAACAAUGGUCAAAGCACGGGUUACGGUAGCGGUUACGGUAGCCAGUACGGAAGUGGGUACGGUAGCGGGUACGGAACGGGCUACCAGAACUACAACACUCGUCAGGGACGUGCUGCUGGAUUUGGCACCCAAUACGGUCAAGGCUACAACGGGGCCAAUGGACAGUACGGGCAAUACGGCAGCAGCCAGUCGGGCUACGGCUACGGUCAGGGCGGUCGUUACGGUAGCCAGUACGGGCAGCAGGGCAACUACGGUAGCCGCUACGGCCAGACCGGGCAGCGCGGGCAGUAUGGUAGCCAAUACGGUAGCGGCUAUGGUAGCCAGUACGGCAACAACCGAGGU